AUCAGAACACUAAUUCUUGAACAUUAUUAUGUAAUCAGGUCUAAAAUAAAAGAGAUCUUUUGAUUCACCGACACCGGCUGAAAAUGACAAAUGUUAAACAUGAAAACAUCAGUGAUUGUGAUUUUAUCUGCGCUUCUUAUAUACCUAGCGGCUGGAUUUCUGUGUUCAGUUAUUACAAAAGUGUUGGUUUUGUUUGGUAUUGGUUUGCUAUUAUUUUACUAUUUCAGACCGCAACCAUGACAACGAAAUUUGUGACAGAUUAGCACAAGUAGGCUCAAAAUUGUACAAGUGAAAUACACCUCUUAAGAAAAUGAUAUCAAAUUUGAAGUUACUUUCCCGAUUUAAAUAUUUAGAGGCACAUAGUUUCAGGGCAUUCAAUUUUUGGGGAACGAAGAAUCCCGAUGGACAAAAUCAGAACUCUAUCAAGCAGUGCUUUGAUCAGGUCAAAAAGCCAUGCCUAUCCAGCAACGGCGACUCGGGCAAACUGAAACUGGGCAAUAAUUGUCCCAAAGUGAUCAUUAUAGGCGCAGGAAUGGCCGGGCUCACCGCAGCAUGUCAUCUUCACUGCAGAGGCAUCACUGACAUCACUGUCUUAGAGGCCAGUAACAGGAUUGGGGGCCGAAUAAACACUUGCUGGAUGGGAGAUGCUACAGUAGAACUCGGCCCUAGUAGAAUCAACGGUGCGUCACUUGCAAAUCCGGUUUUCAAUCUUGCCAAUGUGGCCAAAGUCCUCCAACCAGAAGACUUUCAGGAGAGCAGACAGCUGAAGAAAACCCUCUUUCUUACCAGGGAUGGUAGGACGAUAUCAGAAUACAAAUUGGAAGAAAUGAUUUUCAACCAUAUUCUACACCAGGGGAAGAAAUUAGGAAAGAACCAGUUGAACCAGUUAAAUCCGAACAAGGGCAAUCUCAUGCAAUUCAUCAGCCUUCGAAUACAACAAGAAUUGUUACAAUUUCCUCCUGCAUUGAGGUACGACUCUGAGAGGAUUUUAUAUGGCCUUGUUAAUGGACUUAAAUCAGUUUAUGGAGCAAACCUUAGCCAGGUCAGCGCACAGGCGCUAGCCAAUUCUGGAUCGCUACCUGGUCCAAACAUUAAAAUUUCAACUGGAUUCAAUUCUAUCUUUACCCCUUUGCUGAUCAACAUCCCUGAGAAUAAAAUUAUUUUGAAUAAACCGGUAACUGAGAUUGCCAUUUGUAUGAAACAGUACCUAGGAAGUCGUGUGAUAGUUAAAACCGCAGACUGCGAAGAGUAUGAGGGCGACUUUGUAAUAGUCACUUUACCGAUUGGAGUCCUUAAAGCAAAAGCAGACACAUUGUUUAGUAAUGAGUUACCUGAAGAAGUUAGUACGGCAAUUAAUAAGAUUGGUGUAGGUCACAUCAAUAAGGUUUAUUUUGAAUACAGUUCACCCUGGUGGUCACCCGGAAGCGGUACGAUAAAGCUCGCAUGGUCAGGCGAUGAAUUGAGUUUUAGAAAAGACUGGACAAAAGGAAUUGGAAGAAUAUGCGAGGUGCUUGGAUCAAAAACAGUCCUAGGCCUGGUCACCGGAGGCGACGAAGCUCUUCUUUUGGAAAGGACCUCCGAAAUGGAGAUAGCCAUCGAGUUCACGAAAUUCUUGCGAAAGUUCACCGGCGACAGCUCGAUCCCUUACCCGCAGAACGUUUUGAUGUCGCGUUGGGGCACCACCCCGGAAUCACUCGGCAGCACAGUCUUUAUGUCAACCGAGACGACCGUCGGGCACUUCAAAACCUUGAGCAGCGAUGGAAAAUGCCCUGUGAACGGGGUUCCCCAUCCUCUCCUAUUUGCAGGAGACGGCACAAUACCGGAAUAUUUCGGAACAAUGGUCGGUGCUAGGAAAAGCGGCAUCAGAGAAGCAGAUCGUAUAAUCAAAUAUGCAGCAACCUUGUGUGAAAAGAAAGACUACUCUUCUAAACAAAAUCGAAGUACUGCUCAUUGCUCAAAUUAACUAUUUUAAACUUGGCUGCUAAUUAUUUCUCGUUUUCAAGAUGAACAAGAUAGUCUUGUGUUCAUAAAUUAUAUAAUUAAAUUUAAUUAGUUUAGUU